CUGCUUUCAUGUGUGUCACAUUUCUGUUCUAGAGAGUUAUUGAUAAGCUUAAAGCUGGACAUACUAGAUUUGAAAUACUGACGUUAUGUCUGGUGUUACCUCUGCUCGAUCCUUCUCUAUUAAUGAACAAAGAGAUUUUUUUUUAACGAGGUCCCUCUUUCCAUCUGUAAUUACCGAUGUAAGAUGCAUGGAAUGUCAGUCCCAGCACCUAAUCGCAGCUACAUGAUGAUGGCUGCCAUACAGUGCGGGAGCAUUGGCAGAGCCCCUGAUCGAUCGACUAGACUGUGAGCAUCCCAUGGUGCUUAUUCUGUGGUGCUGCACCACAUUGGUCCCUGGUGGACAGCACCCUGACUGCAGAGCCCCGGGUGUUCCAUCCAGCUGGCAUGCCCCCUCACUGAGUCGCACUGUUCAUCUGUUCUCAGUGGGUAAUUGUCUCCUGAAAAUUGUAGAAUUGGUGUUUCUGGUGCUUUGUGGAGGAAGCCAUUGCUUAAUGCCAAGUGUUAAACCUUGUCUAUUUAAUUCUCUUGAACCUGUGAGUUAGAUGUGGUUCUGGUUUUAUUGCAGAGGAUGCUGAUGAGGUGACCUGUGGAAGGGGAGUGAGAACUGGAUUCACUUCUGCCCUGACCUUACCAUUCUCUCUGCCCACAGCCCUGUGUGUGAGGAUUUGGCCUUUGUUUCUAUACAGAAAUUGGGGAAUUGGGGAAAGUUUAUACAAAAUACUUGCACUCUGGAAAACGAGUUUCCUUGAAAGAAUAAGGUCAAAAGAACUAGGUUCAACUCACACUGUUCCUUCACCUUGAUAUAGGAGUUUCUCCUUCCCUACUCUCUCCUCUGUAAGAGGAAAAUGUUAGUGACAGGAUUCUUUAGGAUAAAUGAUGCACUGUGUGUGUGUGUGUGUGUGUGUGUGUGUGUGUGUGUGUGGUGUGUAAUUCCUUGAGAUCAUAGGAGUGUGAGGUGAUGUUUGCUGUUACACUUUGGUGGCUGGUGUACCAGCAUGGAGCAUGGAGGGGUGAAGCAAGAUCUCUUGAGGUUUUCAUGUCAUGGAGAGUGGUUGUGUUGCUGUUUGUCUAGCUCCAUGUCCAUGGACAUUGCUGAGUUAGUGAGUUUUUCCCUGUUCUCUCCCAGGGUCAGCCCUGCCUCCCAUUCCCUUCCUCUCUUCAUCCUGUUCAGGAAACUGGUUGUCAAGAUGAAGAAGGUGGAUAACGACUACAGUGCCCUUCAGGAAAGACUCAGAACCUUGCCUGAUAAGCUGUCGUAUAAUGUCAUGGUUCCAUUUGGCCCCUUUGCCUUCAUGCCGGGGAAACUUGUCCACACUAAUGAAGUCACUGUUCUCCUGGGGGACAACUGGUUUGCGAAGUGCUCAGCCAAGCAGGCUGUGGGUCUCGUGGAGCACCGGAAGGAACAUGUAAGAAAAACAAUAGAUGAUUUAAAGAAAGUGAUGAAGAACUUUGAAUCCAGAGUUGAAUUCACAGAAGAUUUGCAGAAAAUGAGUGAUGCUGCAGGUGACAUUGUUGACAUAAGAGAAGAAAUUAAAAGUGACUUUGAAUUUAAAGCAAAACACCGAAUUGCUCAUAAGCCUCAUUCUAAACCCAAAACUUCAGAUGUUUUUGAAGUGGAUUUUGCCAAUGACGUAAAAUCCAAGGAUUUGCUGGCUGAUACAGAACUGUGGGCCCGACUUGAAGAACUAGAGAGGCAAGAAGAGUUGCUGGGUGAGCUCGACAGUAAGCCUGACAUGGUGCUCACAAAUGGAGCAGUUGCUGCCUCUUCUGAAGAGGAGGGGAACGAUGAGAGCCCAGCGGGGAGCGGGACACACCAGGCAGCAGAGCAUCUCCAGGAGGUGGGACGCUCAGAGCCGUCAUACAGCCACAGUGAUCCUGAGUCCCACUGCUCAACCAACGGGUCAGGUUCUUACUACAGUGAUGAAGAUGAAGAUGAUGGUGAUGGUGACAGUGAUGGUGACACUUCAGGGGCUGGAGAAAAUUCUGUACCAACCAUAUAUUUUUCUCAUACUGUUGAACCUAAGAGGGUCCGAAUAAACACUGGGAAAAACACCACCUUGAAGUUCAGUGAGAAGAAGGAAGAGGCCAGGCGCAAGCGGAAGAGUGGUGGUGGCCACGCUGCCCACGAGCUGCCCAUGAUAAAGACUCCCGCAGACAUCUACAGAGCCUUCGUGGACGUGGUGAACGGCGAGUAUGUCCCUCGCAAGUCCAUCCUCAAGUCACGAAGCCGGGAGAAUAGCGUGUGCAGUGAUGCCAGUGAGAGCAGUGCCACCGAGCUGGAGGAGCGUCGGGUGCCAGCAGCGGGCAGCGAGGCCAGCGAGAGCCCUGUGGAUGGGGAGCCUCAGCAAGAUGCACAGCCAAGGUUUGCAGGGACGCCGGAGGCAUUUUCUGGAACCGUAAUAGAGAAAGAGUUUUUGUCUUCCUCCUUGACCCCACACCUGGCCAUGGCCCACCCUGUACUGCCCACCAUUCCAGAACGGAGGGAAGUUCUUUCAGAAGCACCGGAGGAGCCGGCAAAGAGGGUUUCCAAGUUCAAAGCUGCCAGAUUGCAGCAGAAAAACUAGGAAAUGGGGUUACACCCUAAGCCUAGGGUGCAUUUUUAGAAUAUGUAUAGCAAAAUAUGUCCCAUGUUCAAAAUGAGGCAUUCUGAGUUUAUCCUUGUCAGUGGUAUUAAAAAGUCAAAGUCAAUGUUUGAAUACUUUUAAAAUUCAGCUUGUCUAUCCUCUGAUACUGUUUGUGUUGGUCUUAUGAUGCAGUGAUAGCAUUUCGAAUUAUUUUUCAAAGAGUACUGUUCUUUGCAGCAUUUUUGUUUCAAACUAAAUACAGGCAGUUUUGUACCAGCUGUGAAGUUGUGCAAACAUAUGGACCAUUUUAAAAGAACUUUUAAAAUUUGAAAUCGAUUCAACAAUUAUAUCACUUGCUUUUGCAUUUUAAAGGCACUUUAAAAAAAAAAACUCCUUGUAGGUUUUGCAGCUAGGUGGCUCUUUAAAAAACCUUUGUCCUUCGAACAUCAGUCUGUAAUCGUGAAGGCAGAAGCUCCAUGUGCUCAGUGGGAAGGCUGCUGUGACUGGAAGAAUGAUAUUUUGUAAAACAUUUUUUUCAAGUAAAAGUUUUAUGAAACUUGGUCUCUAAAGUGUUGUGAAUUUUAUGAUUUAGAAUUGAGUAUGAAUGUCUUUGACUUAUCGUGCUACAUACACUGCACCCAGAUUCUUGAGUACUUGCCCUUCCUAGCCUACUUUUCCCCUCGUUCAUACGCUUAUGGCCAGGUUAUCUUUUGGGAGAGACAGAAAAGUUUUCUAGACACUAAAAAAGACUGGAAGAUAACAGGCUUUCAUAUUGCCAGCAUUUUCAUUCUUCAGGAUUACUUUGCUACUGGUAAGGAACUAAAAAAACACACAUACUUGUAGUAGAGCUCCUCAGAGAGAUGCUCAGCCUCACACUGGAAGUCAUCCUGCGAGUGUCGGCUACCAUCAGCUUCACGUCCUUAACAGUGCUGCAAUGAGCCGUCAGCGCCAGCCGCCUCUACUCCCGGCUAAGUGUUCAAAGGUGUUAACACAGCUUCUUUGAUGACCUCUUGCUUAAGCGAAAUUUUAUUCUGUGCCACAUGCUUUCUCGUAGGACUGAGCCCUUUAGAGAUGUGUCAUUUCAGGAGUACUGCAGUUAAGUACUUGUCCAUGUUUGUGACACGUGAG